AUGGCCGUCGGCCAGGCGCUGCCAGUGCGCUUUCCGUGCUGGUGCAAAGCUGUGUAUUCAUGGGGAGGAGAGACCAAACGCGACCUCGGAUUCAUAGAAGGCGACCUGAUCGAAGUCCUUAAUGCCGGUGAUGGAUCCUGGUGGAUGGGCCGGUUGAAGCGCGACAGGCGCAUGGUUGGACUGUUCCCUUCCAACUUUGUCGAACUGCUCAGCGAAGACUAUCAACCAUGGGCACGCAAUGGCAGCGGAGGAAGCAUGUCGAGGCAGAACAGUGCCCAGGAGCAGCCAAAGCCAGCACCGCAGAAGCAGAAGAGCACCUUCAGGAAGCCCUUCACGGCUUAUGCAGCUGCAGGCGCACCAAAUCCUGCUGCUGCUGCGCGAGAGAGGCUCAAGGCAGGCAUCAACUCACCAAACGGCAGUGUCAAGACCAAGUCUCCCUUCUCGUCGAUGAAGCGGUCGUCUACCGAGAGUCGCGAGAGCCCACCGCUUGCGUCUUCCACAAGAAAACAGUCAAAUCUUCGCGCCGUAUCACCACGACCUCCUUCCAAGAGAACACCAGUAACACGCGCUAUUUCACCAGCACCACCGUCACGUCACGGUUCGCAUACACGCGCACAAUCAUCUCCCGUACCGCCCGCCGACUAUCGCUACCAGCCUCGCGCCGUAUCACCAGCUCCUCCCAUCCGACGCGGCUCGUAUAUCCCACCACAAUCGCAUGCGCCUCCAGCACAAUACCAGUAUCAACCCCGUGGUGUAUCGCCUGCACCUCCUAUACAACAUCGCAACUACACUAGAGCAGCAUCUCCAGCUCCUCCACAACAAAUACAAGACAUGUACCGAGCAGCUUCUCCAGCUCCUCCAAGACCAAGUCAAGAUGUUUACAGGGCACCAUCACCAGCUCCUCCCCGACAAAGUCAGGACUAUUACCGGGCAGCCUCGCCAGCGCCCCCCGUCCACUACCAACAGCAUUCACGAGCUGUAUCGCCGGCACCAUCCUUUCAGUACCGAGCAUACGACCGUGGACCUUCGCCGGCACCAUCAUUCCAAGAGCGUUCACGUGCGGCUUCGCCAGCCCCUUCAUUCCAGUACCGCGCAUACGAUCGAGGUCCAUCGCCGUCUCCCUACCAGAUGCAAUUGGAUGAUGACGAGCUUAGUCGCGGCCCAUCACCCGCUCCUUACAACGAAGAAUACGAAGAAGAACCUGUGGACUCGCCUCCUCCGCCUCCGCCUCCGCAUCGCGUCGCUUACGACCCAAGUAGAGCUCCGUCACCUGCACCUCCUUCGCAUAAUGGCUUCAUCACACCAGAACCGCCUUCGCCUGAUCCAAGAGCACGCGGUGGACACUUCACACCCUCUCCUCUCACGACAGCAAUGAACGAUGUCAUGUCGUCUUUGCAAGAUAUGACAACAUCAAGAAGCGAUGAGUCGCCAGAAGAGCCUCCGACCCCAUCGAAUCCAUGGUCUCCGGAAGCGUUUGACCAAGUCUACCAGGAGUCGGCUAAAAAGGUCAGAGCGCAGUCCGCUAUGAGCCGCGGUGACGAAGACGAAGAGGAAGGUCUGCCAGAUGUUAACAAUUACAUGAAGCGCAUGGAAAGUCGUCUAAGGCGAAUGAAGCAACAAGAGCAAGCUAGGAACGGUGAGCUUUUCAUCGGCGAUGAUGAAGGGCCAACCGUACCUCUGAAAAGCUCACACCAGCGACCCGGAUCCUCGAUGACUGAUGCUGAGCCAGAAGUUCAGCGAAAGGGCUCGAAGCUACUUAACCAUCGCAAAUCCGCCUAUAACGUCGGACGAAAUGCACUUGGACGAACGUUUACGAGCAAAACGAAUUCUACGACUACGACACACACAAGCAACAGCACCGAUCGCAGUUUGAUGUCUGGACACUCUGCUACGAACAUGAGUGCUACAAGCGCCGGGAGCUAUUACCGCAAGAAAUUUGGAAAGGAUCGACCAAAGAGCGUCAUGAACACCAAAGACACGGCUGCAAAGGGUUAUGGAUUCGACGACGGACGGCCAGAGACACCUUUCACUGGUGUCACCUAUCACUCCAGCCAUGCUUCACAGCCGCAAGCCGGUUCCAGCGACAUCCAACAAGCUGAAGUCAGCACCCCAGCCACGGACGACCCAGAUCCUCUUGGUGGACUGAGGCAGCCACUGAAGACAAAGCGCAGCGGCUUCUUCCGUAAGAUGAUCGACACUGCGAAGACCCAAGCCGCGAAUGCACGCAGCACCAUUGACACAAUAAGUAGGCCGGGAUCCCGGGCUGCCAGCCGAGCUGCUGGUCGUUCCCAGAGUCGCGCCGCAAGCCGCCUGGAUAACUCCGAACCGACUGGCAUAGAAGGGGGCAAAUCGACCCACGCGGCGAAGGAAUCUAGGGAUACCGGCCUUGGAACGGUAGAUUGGGUGCAGGUCCGGCGGGAUGUAAAUCGGUCCAACUCACUAAGCAAGAACGAGCGAACAGAGCGAGCCGAAAGAUGCCAGAUGAUGGACAUUCCUGUUUUGAACCCCAUUGAGAUCCUGUAUGAGUCGGCUGAGGGCGACGAGGGUCUUGAUGGUCUUCCCAUCACUGAGCCUACUGAUUUCGCGGCUUGCAGUCUUGCUCAUGUUGACAAGAGCGCGCGCUUCAUCAACAGCAUUCCUCUUGGAACGAACCCAGCGACUUUGGCACAAGGCUAUGUUUGUCGACCAUACCGAAGCGAUAUUCAACGAUUACGAGCUAUUUUCACAUGGGUCAGCGAGCGCAUAUCGUGGGAAGAAGAUUUUGAGGGUCAGAUGGAUCCGAAACACGUACUUCAAAGCAAGCGCGGAUGCUCUGAAGAAAUCGCCAUGGUCGUGGCAGAGAUGUGUGCUUCCGUUGGAAUGCACGCUGAAGUCGUCCGUGGCUAUCUCAAGACACCAGGCGAACCCUUGGACCUAGAGAGCGUCGCGCGGCCGAAUCACUUCUGGAACGCUGUCAUCGUAGAGGGUGAGUGGCGCAUAAUGGACUGCUCCCUUGCUGGGCCGACAAACCCAAAGCGAGUUCACUACUCGACUGCGGGAUCAUCUGUGGCCGAGACAUGGUACUUCCUUGCUCGCCCAAUGGAGAUUUGCUACUCUCACGUUCCACUCCUUCCGGAACAGCAACACAUCUGCCCACCUCAGCCACACGAGGUGUUGAUGGCACUCCCAUGUGCAACGCCCGCUUACUUCCGACAUCAUCUCAACGUAGUCAACUUCGAUACUAGUCUCUUGAACCUAGACAACCUUGAGAUGGCGCAUGUCUACGUUGACGUACCAGAGGAUGUAGAGUGUGUUGCGGAGGUUGAGGCACGAGCCUAUGAUCAAGACAUGGACGGCGAUCUUUUUGAGAGCGGCGAGAUUGUGAGGAAGCCGGCAUUGGCACAAGCCGAAUGGUACAGUGGCCAGAAGAGAUACACUGUUAAGGCCCUUCUUCCGAACGAUGGUGGCCAGGGUGUCCUGAAGAUCUAUGCAGGACCCCGGGGACUUAUGCACUCCAACAAGCUGAACCCUCACAACCUGGCAAUCGGCCUUCCUUUGACGCACACCGGCACCAAUCCUCCGUAUUCGUUCUUGACUCUGCAUCCUACGCCUCAUGCCCAACGACACGAUCUAUACGUCGCCCAGCCGCAGUGCGCUAAUCUGGCCCUCAACAACACUUUUGUCUUCUGCGUCCGCCAACAUCCGUCAUCCCUUACAAAAUCCCCCGAACCUAGUCCCGCGAUGCAUGGCCGAGCAUCGCCAAAUCCUUUUGCUCGCCCUACAUCCGCUAUGAGCAUGCAGAGUAUCUCAGCAACUGGAUCCAACUACACGAACCCAUCUCAAAGUUCUUCUGGAUCAUCAGGUAGUAGUAGCAACAAGCCUGCCAAGCUAGCCGUACAAACACCUUCUGGCAAGAUUAUACGCCUGACUAGAAAGACGGAGCAUAUUAGCAGUACUAACGAUGCUGAUGGUACGGCUUGGGAAACGGUCAUCAAGAUUGGAGAAAAGGGCACAUGGCGAGGUCUGGUGCUUGCUGAUCGAAGCGCAAGGUGGUGUGUUUUUGCUCAAUGGGAGUGUGCUUGA